AUGCAGGCUUCUAACAACACAGGUCGUUCGAAGACGAACCGCGGCCGCCCUCCUCUUGAGAUAGAAGCCUCAGCCGAGUUGAUUGACACUUUGACGUUAGAUUUUGGCCCUUUUGAGACGGUUCACCAAUGGAAGAAACUGCCUGACUGUGAUGAGUUUGUUGGAGCAAGGAGGAGUAAGCACACAUUGGUAGCCUGGAGUGAUGCACUGUACGUGUUUGGAGGUGACAAUGGGAAGAGAAUGCUGAAUGAUAUGCUGAGAUUUGACAUUAAGGAGGGGUCUUGGAGUAGGGCAAUUACCAAAGGCAGUCCCCCAGCACCYAGAUAUCAUCACUCUGCUGUAAUAUUUGAAGACACUAUGCUAAUAUUUGGUGGAUUUACAGGUGACUUGUACUCCAAUACUAACCUACAAAAUAAGAAUGACCUUUUUGAGUACAGAUUCAAUGCUGGCCAGUGGGUUGAAUGGACUGUAGAAGGAAGAUUGCCUCCAGCAAGAUCAGCCCAUGGAGCAGCAAUUUACAAGGAUCGAUUAUGGAUCUUUGCAGGAUAUGAUGGAAAUAAAAGGCUGAAUGAUAUGUGGACUAUCAAGCUAACAGACUCUAAUCCAUUUUGGGAAGAGAUCCAACAAGCUGGUGACUGUCCUCCAACUUGUUGUAAUUUCCCAGUUGUCAUUGCCAAGGACAGCAUGUUUGUGUUUUCUGGACAAAGUGGAGCAAAGAUAACCAAUAAUAUGUUCCAGUUUAGCUUUAAAGAUCAGAGGUGGAAUUUAAUCCCAUCAGCUCACUUGCUACGUGGUUCGUCACCUCCACCACAACGCCGCUAUGGUCAUAGUAUGGUAGCAUUUGAUCGUCACUUGUACAUGUUUGGUGGCGCUGCAGAGAAUAUUUUAUCAACUGAUUUGUACAGGUUUGAUAUUGAUCAACACAGCUGGGAAGUCAUUCAGCCUACUGCUGACAGCCAAUUACCAACAGGAAGAUUGUUUCAUGCAGCAGUUGAAAUCAAUGGUGCAAUGUAUGUUUUUGGUGGUACUGCUGAUAACAAUGUUCGAAGUGGUGAACUUUUCAAAUUUGAGCUUGCUUGCUAUCCAAGAUGUACCCUUAGAGAUGACUUUGGGCAUCUUCUGGACAGUAAACAGUUUUGUGAUGUCAUGUUUGUUGUUGGACGGCCAGAAAGUAAGAAAUUUCCAGCACAUGCUUGCUUUGUUGCUGCAAGAUCUCCAUGGUUACGUAAACUGUUGCUGCAGAAAAAGAGCAAGCCCAACCAGGUAGCAAGUAACUCAGCUAGUAAAAAUGAUUCAACUUCAACUGAAGUGCAUCUGGAAGAAGCGAAUCCUGAAGUUUUUAAUAUUGCUCUACGUUACAUGUACACAGAUUGCAUAUAUCCACUUAUAAAAGAUUGCCAAGGAUCACUUGUUAUUAGUUUGAUGAUGGAUCUUUACCGUCUUGCUUUGAAGCUUGGAAUUGGUUCACUAGAAGAGCUUUGUGUGCAGUACAUUGAGUCAGCGAUAUGUCAGGACAAUGUCCUUAUUGCUCUUGAGAAUGCUUCAAGAUUACAGCUUGAUUGUCUCAAGGAGUUUUGUCUUCGUUUUAUUGUGAGAGAAGCAAAUUACACUAACAUCAUCAUGAGCAAGGAGUUUGAGUCUAUGACACAGGCAUUAAUGGUGGAAAUAAUACGAAGAAGACAGCAAACAACCUCUGAAAUACCAGUCUUUGACAAUAGAAUCCCUCAAGAUCCAGUGCAAACUCUGACUCAAGGRAUGCAGGAACUCCUCAACAGUCCAUGGGCAGCUGAUCUCCAUGAUAUCACACUUGUCAUUGAUGGAUGCAAUGUAGGKGCACACAAGGCUAUAUUGGCUGCAAGAUGCAGUUAUUUUGAAGCAAUGUUUCGCUCCUUUAUGCCAGAAAACAAUACUGUUACGAUCACUAUUGGAGAGACUGUCCCUUCCAAGAAAGCAUUUGAUUCUUUGCUGCGGUAUAUUUAUUGUGGUGAUUUUACCAUGCCACCAGAAGAUUCCUUGUAUCUUCUUUCUGCUCCUUUUUUCUUUGGAUUUACAAACAACAGACUGCAGGCAUUCUCCAAAGAAAACCUUGAGAAYAAUGUAUCCUUGCACAAUGUUGUAGAUAUUCUUGAAGCAGCACAUCAAAUUGGAGCAGUUGACAUGAAGAAACACUCAUUGGAUAUUAUUGUSCAGCGAUUCCCAAAG